ACGCUAGCUACAAAAUUUACACCGGAACAUUUUCCAAAAAGAAAAGAAAAAUCAAACCAGUGGAGUGCGGAAAUAGAUAGAUGGAUUCAACCCUGAAUCGAAUAUCAGCUUCAGCUGCUCCUUUUUCAGUUUACAAAUUUCAAAAGCUUCAUUUUCUAUCUUCUUCUUCCACUAGAAUUUCUGUUAAGCGACUCUUCUGUUCCAAUUCCAAGCUGGAAAUUAAUCGUCCCCAAGACGACGCCGUUCUCGACGAGUCCGCUUUUGAGGCCCAGAGAUUACGCCUUGACGCCAAGGCUAGAGAAGCCAUGGCCGAGACUUCUAAGAGAGAGAUGGAGGCGGAUACUGAAGAUGAUCCCAAAGCUUGGAAAUGGGUGAUCCGUAAGAGAAUUUGGGAUUUUAUGGAGGCCCGUAACUUUGCCCAGAAUCCGCGACCUGUUCACCAUCGUAUCCCCAAUUUUGUUGGCGCCUCAGCUGCUGCUAAGAAUUUGGCCGGGUUGGAUGUGUUCCGGAAUGCGGAUUGUGUGAAGGUAAACCCUGAUUCUCCUCAAAAGCAAGUCAGGUUUCUCACUCUCUCUGGUGGAAAGAAACUGUUGACUCCUCAACCCCGAUUGAGGACAGGGUUUUUCUCUGUUCUUGAAUCCCAUUUCUUGCCUCCUAAUGCCAUUAACGAGGCAUGCACCUCUGUAGGGGUUGCCAAGUAUGGAAGGCCAAUUGGGUUGGAUGAAAAGAUCAAAGUAGAUCUAAUUGUCAUUGGUUCAGUUGCUGUUGACCCAAAUACAGGUGCUCGUCUUGGCAAAGGAGAGGGAUUUGCAGAACUUGAAUAUGGGAUGCUGCGGUAUAUGGGGGCAAUUGAUGAUUCAACACCAGUUGUCACCUCUGUGCAUGAUUGCCAAUUAGUAGAUGAUAUUCCAGUGGAGAAAUUGUUGAUCCAUGAUGUUCCUGUUGACAUCAUAUGCACUCCCACCCAAGUCAUAUUCACCAACACAACCAUCCUCAAGCCUCAAGGUAUCUACUGGGAGAAAUUGUCUCUAGAGAAGCUUGGCCAAAUUCGGAUACUUAGAGAGCUUAAGAGCAGAAUUGAAAGGGAGAGUGGGCAGAAACUUCCUUGUGGACCAUCUGAGAAACUACCCCCUACGGCUCAGCGGAGAAGGAAUUCUAGGAAAUGAUUUUAUAUGUGAGUUUUAAUGCAAAUAACUAGCAUACAAUAGAUCAAACACUACAUACGUAUUAUCACUUUUUCUUUCAAAAAAAGAAAGAGAAAGAAAGAAAGCUUCACUUCGACUUUUUUAAGUGAGAUAUUGCUCUUAUCAAUAUCCUCCACGCAUAUGUAAAUUGUAUAUAUGAGAUUUCAGGUGAUGAUAGCAAAUUGGACUGAAUUAUUAUAUAGUUCCCUAA